AUAUUAUAUAAAGUAUAUAAGCUAUUAAUAAGGAUUUUCAGUUGAAGAAAGGUGGUCAAAUUGAAAGGCCAUGCUGUGGAAUUGCAAAAUAUUUAUAUUUGCGCUGGGCGCUGCCUUAAUCUUAAGUCACAAUGCUCGAGGUGACUAUCACAAUGCUUUGGGUCUUAUUUUGAACAAGUUUAUUUCGAAUUAUGCGCUGACGGUUAACGGUAUAGUUUUUGCAUGCAAUAAAAACAAUCUUUUACAGAUCUCAAGAGAGACGUUGAAAGGCGCUAAUUUUAUAGAGAUAAUUAACAUAAACGACAACUAUAUUCCUAAUACGGUGUUUACUAGAGCAAGUUAUAGAAAAACCUUGAUAACGAGUGAUUGCACUUGCGUUAACACAAAGAACCUUUUAUUGCAAGCAUCGGUUGGACGGUUUUUAAACAAAACAUACCAAUGGUUUUUGUGGUCUGUAGAAAAUCAAAACGCAGAGCUAUUCAUACCAUCUGGCAUGAAGUACCUUGGACCCAAUUCGCAGCUAACUUUUAUUAAUGGCACAAAAUCUACCAUUAAAAUCUGGAGCGUUUACUCUAAUGGAAUGCACUUAAAAAGUCCAUUGAAAACACUUUUAAUUGGCUCGGUGCGUCGUAAUGAAAGUGCUCAGGAAAACAUAGGCAAAUAUAUAUUAGAUGCUCAGCUCACAAGAAAGAGGAACCAGUUUCAUGGUCUUACUUUAAGAGGAGUAACGGUUAUUGACUACGAUAACGUAACGAGUAACGGUGAAAUAACCGUCUUACUUUCUGAACGUGCGAAACAUAGUGGGAUCUCGGCUUUUACAAAGUAUUACUUUGAGUUGACAAAUAUUUUAAAGGAGCACAUUAAUUUUAGUAUUGAAUUUCGCAUUGCUCGUGGAUGGGCGGGAAGAUUGGAUAAUACGACAUUCAGACUUGGAUUUUUGGGCAUUAUGGCUCGGAAUGAAGCCGAUAUAGGCGCGUCUGGGAUAUUCAAUAGGAAAAAUCGCUUUGCCGAUUUUGACAUUAUACACCAAGGCUGGAAAUUCGAAACAGCUUUCGUUUACAAGUUCGUGCCAGAAUUAAGGACUAAAAUAGAGCGUGCAAGCUUUUUUGUUCCUUUUCAAAAAAGCGUUUGGAUUGUAAUAAUUUGGUUAAUUACAGUACUAAGCCUAAUAUAUUGGCUUAUGGAUAAUAUCACGAUACGGCUGAAAAACAAAACACCAUUUAUCGCACGAGGAUAUAUUUAUAAACAACGAACUCGAUAUCAAAAUAAAAUAUACGAAUACGGCAGAAAAUAUGACGAUUUUAUCCCAGAAGAACAAAUAUCCUUAACUAAUAUCGCGUUAUUUCCCAUAGCUGCGACUUGUCAGCAGAACUUCAGUUCUGAGUCUAAAUUGGGGGCAGUAAAAAUAACCUUUUUGGUAAUGUUUUUAUAUUCCCUUCUACUAUACAACUAUUAUACUUCUUCAGUGGUUUCUGGAUUAUUGUCUUCAACUGCACAAGGACCGAGUAGCGUUGAGGAAAUUAUUUCUAGCUCUCUUGAAGUAUCUUUCGAGGAUAUAGGCUAUUACAAAAUUUUGUUCAGAGAAAAUAAAUCUCCGAUUAUAAUACGCUUUAUAGCAACAAAGUUAUUGCCACCGCGUAAAGAAAACGAUUUGCCGAUAUAUACUAAUAUUAAAAAUGCUGUUCAUUUUAUAAAAAGAGGAUCUCAUGCAUUUCAUUGUGAGUUAGUUGACGCUUUUCCAGAAAUCGCUAAAAAUUUUGAUGCAAAUGAUAUUUGCGCAUUACGUAUUGUAAAAGGAUUGAUGGAUUCGGAAUUAAUGAAUGGAAUUCUGCACAAAAAUAGUCAAUAUACAGAAAUUUUCCGAUACACGUUAAGCUGGUCUAGAGAAUCGGGGUUGAUCGGACGAAUUUUGUACAAUAGGCUUCAAAGAAAACCACCUUGCCAAGCAGUGUAUAUAGUCUUCCCCGUAAAUUUUUCAAACAUAACUAGCAUUUGCAUUUUAUUAGUCGGAGGAAUACUGCUUUCAUUGCUGACUUCAUUUGCAGAACUUUAUAUUUACAGAUACUAUUUCGUUCGAAAAUAUUCGAUGAAUUGACGCGUUUGAGUAUAUAUUGGAAAAAAAACUUGAAAUUUCGGGAAAAGCUCUGGCUUACGCUUACCGCUAUGAAUUCAAGUGAUUAAAACAAAUAAAUAAGAAAAAAUAAAGCAGCCAUUUAACCACAAAUUAAGGAGAGAAUUAUCAAUAAGCCAUGUAUUAUGGCGCCUUCUGGUAUAAAGACCUACAUUGCAGACCUACUAUUGCUCUUUUAACUUUUACAUUCACAACAAAAGAGA